AGUGAUUACAAUUACAUACUCUUUGAUGGUCACUUUUGGUAUGGUACUGUGGUAUGGUAUCCCAGUGCAGAGAUUCAUGCGAUUCGCGAUUUUUGUAGGAACAUGAUAUAAUAGUGAAAUAAUUAAAUUUAAAUGUACAUUUAAAAACAUUAAAUGCUUAUAAUUUGGUGUGUUAUGGGAAAGCAUAAAGAAUGGCGAAAAAUUGUAAAAAGAGAAAGAAGAAGGAGAGUUAGAACUCAGUUGGCAAAAGAAAGAGAAUCUAGUUUCGUCCAUACUGAUGAUGAUCAAGAUUUGCUUGAAGAACAAAAGGCUUUAGAAUUGCAUGAAAGAAAAGAAAUAGAAAAACAGAAUAAUAUUGAAAAUGAAAAAUGGUUGCAAGCUGAAGUCAUAGCAAUGGAGCAGUGGAACAAACUUCAAAUGAAAAGAGAGAUUUUACGACAGAAGCAGAUUGAACAGCAGACCAAACUUAAACUUGAAUGGGAAAUGGAGAAACAAAGACGAGAAAAAGAAAAGGAAAGAUUAAAGAGGAUUGAAGAAGAAAAUAGGCAAAGACAAGAAACUUUUAUGUUCAAUCUGGAAAAGUUCUUAAGUGGAGAUACAACAAAGUUGCCUGAAGAAUUGGCAGUUUUAUAUGAAACAAGACCUGACUGUGAUGUAUGCCCAUUUUUCAUGAAAACUGCCUGCUGCCGUUUUGGGGAUGAAUGUUCUAGGAAUCACAAGUACCCAGGCAUAAGUAGAAUUCUUCUUGCUCCAAAUAUGUUUGGCCACUUCGGGUUAGAGAAUGCCAACUAUAAUGAAUAUGAUACUGAUAUUAUGUUGGAAUAUGAAGACAGUGAUACAUAUAAAGACUUCAAAAACUUUUUCUAUGACAUACUGCCAGAGUUUCAAAAAUUUGGUAAAGUUGUGCAGUUAAAGGUAUGCAAUAACUUUGAAAAGCACCUCCGUGGGAACACAUACAUAGAAUAUGCAGAUAUACACAGUGCAGUGUUGGCGUAUAGAGCCCUGCAUACGAGGUGGUAUGGUGGCAAGCAGCUUUCAUUGCAAUUCUGUCAGAUUAUAUCAUGGAGUAAUGCUAUCUGUGGACUGCAGUCUCGUAAACGGUGUCCAAAGGGCCGUACUUGCAACUUUCUACAUGUGUUCAGAAAUCCUAUGAGGCUAUCAUUUGAUGAAAAUCGGCAUUCUGAGAGACAAGAGCGAGCCUCACGAUCUUGGCGGUGGUCAGAAUCGCCAGAAAGGACUUCGCCAAAACGCUCGUCACCGAAGCGCACAGACAAAGAUAGUGAACGUCGCCACAGGCAUAGGGACAGAAGACAUAAUCAUUCACAUCGUUCACAAUCGCAUCGAGAAAGAUAUUGAAUAUAGGCUACAUAUUUACUUUAUCAUAA